AUGAGCCAACCACUUCGAUCCUCGUCGACAUACCUCGCUUCAACUGAGGCUUGGUCAGUCAAAAAUGCAUCAGGCCAAGAAUAUCUGGUUGAAAUCGGCUUUCCUCGCACUUGGGGUGAUGGCUCAAAUCCAGGCCUCAAGCAGCCUGAUCAAGACCAUCCUCCUGUUCCUAUCUGCUAUCUCACAGAUGGAAAUUCUGUCUUCCUGACUGCCCUCGAGGCACUUCAUCGGCGUCUUUGUGCAUCACCCGGCCCAUUCCCAGAAAGCAUCAUUGUGUCAAUAGGCUUCCAUAUCGAGCCAGACUCAAAGCUGCUCCUGGAUUCUCGAAGAGUCCAUGACCUGACCCCUCCCGCACCUGGCUGUGGUCCGAAUGCAGGUGGCGCCGACGAGUUCGCCGACAUGAUUCAAGAUCUCGUCAGGCCACUCGUUCACAUUCGAUUGAAGGAGCGCCGCGGGGCCCAACCCGGACGGGAGGCUAUUUACGGACAUUCUUUUGGCGGACUCCUUUCUUUGCACCUUUGUUUCACUCGGCCAACCAUGUUCGAUACCUUCAUUGCAAGUAGCCCCAGCAUCUGGUGGCACAACAGGUUCAUCCUACAAGAAGAUGAGGAGGAAGACCCAACGAGACGUAGAGAUGAGCCGGACGAGUGGUACGAGGGGAGAAAGCAAAAAUACAACCUGGCACAAAUGAUUACCAACAUCCUUGCUAUGCACUCCCGCCUAGAGAAGAGUGGUGUUCUGAAGAAUCUCUCCAUUUCUAAAUACCAGGGAGAGGACCAUGGGACUGUCAUAGCAUGCUCGGUUAGCCAAGGCCUCACUAACUUUUUCGAGGAUUGGCCAUAUGGAAACUGA